GUAGUUCGUCCUGACUAUCUACAUCAACGGAAAAAAAAACGCUACGGAAACGCAAUCAUGGCUCGAUUCUUCGUCGUCGCGGCGGUUCUGGCGCUCGCCUCUGCCGUCAACGCGCAGUGCGGCUCGGGCACGCCUGACGCCCGGGUGACGGGCUCGAGCGGCUCCUACACGGCGUCAAAGGGGUCGAGCACGGUGUACUCGGGGUCGGACUAUCGCGCAGCGAUCCAAAGCGCGCUGGACUCGAUCAGCUCGGGGCAGCGCGUCGCCGUCAUAGCGUCGGGCUCGAUCGGCGCCAACACGAUCACGAUCAGCAGCGGCAAGACGUUCGAGGGCUGCGGUACCAUCGACGUCGGCAACCGGUCCGGGCGCGGCGCCAUCGAGUCGCUCGGCACCUCGGACGUCAAGAUCCCGUACCUCAGCCUGACCGGCAACCCGUACUUCGGCCUGCGCUUCUACGGCACGCGCAACCUCGAGCUCGGCCAGAUCACCAUGAACCUCAGCGGCGGCCUCGGCAUCCGCUUCGACCGCGACAACGCCGCCAACGCCAACGUCAAGAUCGACGUCGUCCGCGUCACCGGCGCCGGCAGCCACGCCGUCGAGACCUGGAACAUCGACGGCCUCGAGGUCAACCAGGUCAUCGCCCGCAACGUCGGCGAGUGCGGCCUCCUGCUCCAGAAGACCACCAACGCGCGCGUCAAGCUCGUCGACGGCGACAACGUCGCCGCCGGCAACGGCUACGCCACCUUCCGCAUGGCCAACAACAACGGCCAGACCUCCGACGGCGCCUACAACACCAACGUCCGCGUCGACAAGGUCGUCUCGCGCGGCGGCGGGCGCGGCGUCUUCUGCGUCUCCCAGUCCGGCGGUGCCGUCAUCGAAAACGUCGACCUCGCUAACAAUGGCAACAACGCGAUCCUCAUAGAGAACUGCUACAACGUCGCCAUCCGCAGCGGCACCGUCCAGGGCGGCGGCGAGGUCCGCCUCGCCGCUCGCAGCGAAUUCCCGAACAACCGCGACAUCUCAAUUAGCCUCACGGUGAACGAUAACACCGUCAGAGAGUCCCCAUGCGGCCAGAAUAUCGCCUGGUCCAUCCAGGGCAAUGCCCAGAAGACCAUUUGUUAAAUGUGAAUAUUGCCGACGACCCUCGGAAAGAUCACGACGCCGAAGCUAUUGGAGUUCCUCCCAGCAAGAAUAUGUAUAUAGUUUUUCCCGACGGUCCACAAUCCGCCCCGCGAAGUUUAUACAAUCUGAUAUAUAUCAAACCCCCAGGAUGUGAAAGCAAAUUUCCUUUUCCUGUCUACUGCUCUAGUUUCUAAUAGUCGCUACCGUGUAAUACCU